UCAGGGCACCCGUCAUCAUGUGGAUGCUGGUACCCGUGGCGUCUGCUCUCAAGCUGCUGAGCGCCUUCGUGCAGCCCCUGGGCUCCCUGUGGAGCAGCCUGGGGCCCCUGUUCCUCUGGCUCAGGGCAGCACUCUGCGGGGCAGGGGGCGAGAGGGGCCGGCCGCAGCGGGGCAGGAGGGAACCCGGGGACACCAGCAGGGAGGAGGAAGAGACCAGCGAUCCGCCCACCACCCCCACCAGCGUUAAUUAUCACUUCACCCGGCAGUGCAACUACAAGUGCGGCUUCUGCUUCCACACGGCCAAGACAUCCUUCGUGCUGCCGCUGGAGGAGGCCAAGAGAGGCUUGCUGCUGCUGAAGGAAGCGGGAAUGGAGAAGAUCAACUUCUCCGGCGGAGAGCCCUUCCUCCAGGACCGCGGCGAGUACCUGGGCCAGCUGGUGAAGUUCUGCAAACAGGAGAUGCAGCUGCCCAGUGUUAGCAUCGUGAGCAACGGGAGUCUGAUCCGGGAGAGGUGGUUCCAGAAGUACGGUGAAUAUUUGGACAUUCUCGCCAUCUCCUGUGACAGCUUUGACGAGCAGGUCAAUGUCCUUAUUGGCCGUGGUCAAGGAAAGAAAAACCACGUGGAAAAUCUCCAGAAACUGAGGAUGUGGUGUAAGGACUACAAAGUGGCCUUCAAGAUAAACUCUGUCAUCAAUCGAUUCAACGUGGACGAGGAUAUGAAGGAACAGAUUAAAGCCCUGAACCCCGUCCGCUGGAAGGUCUUCCAGUGCCUCAUAAUUGAGGGUGAGAAUUCUGGAGAAGAUGCUCUGAGAGAAGCAGAGCGGUUCGUGAUCAGCGACGAAGAGUUUGAAGGGUUCUUGGACCGCCACAAAGACGUGUCCUGCCUGGUGCCCGAGUCUAACCAGAAGAUGAGAGAUUCCUACCUUAUUCUGGAUGAAUAUAUGCGCUUCCUGAACUGUAGAAAUGGGCGGAAGGAUCCUUCCAAGUCCAUCCUGGAUGUUGGCGUAGAAGAAGCUAUAAAAUUCAGUGGCUUUGAUGAAAAGAUGUUUCUAAAGCGAGGAGGAAAAUACGUCUGGAGCAAGGCGGACCUGAAGCUGGACUGGUAAAGCUGACAGCUGAACAGGCUGCACCCACUCGUGCGAGCCACCCUGGGACUCGGCAAGGGGCUGCUCUGCUUCCCAAGGGCACCACUCAGGGGCCCCAAAUCCUCUGUUCGGUCUGAUUGUCUGUGGGACUGAACACAAACGCAACUGAGAGAGUCAAAAUCCUCAGAUCAUACAAGACCAUUUUUAGGCAAUGAGCUUAUUCUGGAUUUAGUUUUUUAGUAGUAUUGACUGUGAUGCCCAUAUUUCCAUUUGGAAGUUAUCUUUCUAGAAGUCCUUUCAUUUGAUAGCUAUUUUCCCAUCUGGAAACGUUGCAAAUUAUCUCCACGAUUAUUUCUGCUUGUGGUGAGGCGCUCUGCUUUUCAGCCUCUCUGUCACUGCAAUCUUGGACUUUUAACCCGGAAGUUUAGAAACAUUCCAUCCAUACUUCAAAGAAUAAGAAACGAUCUUUUUAUCAGGCUUUGAUAAGCACCUAGAAGGAGGUAACCCAUCUCUCCGCUCGCAUGGCCCUGGCCCACGCUGCCUGUUUCAGGAACGUGAGCCAUCCCUGCGAUUCCCCUUUCUCUUCCGGGAUUCUUAACAAACCCAAGGCAUGCUUCACAUUUCGUGAUGAAGUUGACAUGGGGUCAGGGCUUGGGCUACGGUGUGAAGCAACAGAGUCUAUCAAGCAGCAACAUAUGAGCUUAUUCGCUUGGUUUUCCCCACAUCCCUGAAACGUGACAGUUUCCUGGGCUGGCAUGAACCCAUCUGCAGAAACAGCGGGCAGACAUGGGGCAAAGGGCGUCGCAUGGAGCAGAGUGUAGGAUGGACCUGGAUUUUGUGUAAAUGAAGCUGGGGCACAAUAUCAUAUUUCCUAUUUAA